CUCUGUGGUUGCUCAUUAUUCAGAGACAGACGGAGCUCAGGUCAUCUGCAGCUGCAGCAUAGGAGAAGCAGGAAAGAUGGCGAUCAUUCACUAGACCAGGCACACGCAUGAGCUACAAAACAACUUUCAGAAAGAUCGCUUUUCUGGACAAACCCCAGUAUCCCCUGAUUUUCCGGGGAGACCUCAGCAAUGGAGGUGCUACAAUGCGAUGGCUGUGACUUCAGGGCAGAAUCUUAUGAUGACCUCAAGACACAUAUCCAGGAUGUCCACACAGCCUUCCUGCAGCCCACGGAGGUUGGAGACAGGACCCCCUGCCACUCCAGGUCUGACUCCCUCAACUCCCUCAGCCAGGCAGAGGAGGAGGAUGAAGAAGAUCUGGCAACUCUGAACAAUGAGUUUGACACUCCACAUGAACAAGCAGGCCCUCAUUCCAUUGACUCGGGACAGUUUUCCAGUUCUAGCCAAAUGACUCACAACCAAACAGUCAACCAGUCUGCAAAUCCUGCAAACCAGUUUUUCCAGUGCAAGUUCUGCAUCCGCUACUUCAGAUCAAAAUCCCUCCUCAGCGAACACACAAAGAAAGUUCAUGGUGUUAUGGGAGGUGCUUCAAUAACUGAAAGUAAUUCACCCACUUCCCAGGCAUCCAACUUUAAUGUCCUGAUACAAGAUGGUUUCGGGAAAGUGUUCUCCUGUCAGUAUUGCACAUAUAAAUCUCCACGUAGAGCCAGGAUCUUAAAACACCAAAAAAUGUAUCACAAGGGUCACAUGUUAGACUCUCCAGGGUCCCCAUCUGAGGUUGUCACAGAAUCUAGUUCCAAUGCCCUGUUCUCUGAGGAAUCUUGCAGCGAUCUGUCUGAGGAGGUAGUAGAGCGUAGUAUCUUGGAAUCCAUGGUUAAGCCUCUGACCAAAUCUAGGGGAAACUUCUCCUGUGAGUGGUGUGGCUAUCAGACCCUUCGACGAGAGCGUUGGUGUGAUCACAUGAUGAAGAAGCACCGCAACAUGGUGAAGAUCUUUUCCUCUAUCCAGGAGCCGCAUGAAGGAGAAGGGAGUAUGGGUUCCUGUAAACCACACUCACCUGCUUCACCAAGAACACCCAACUCCAACUUAAUGCCCAAUAACUUGAGUGGCAGUGAAGGUUCCACAGCUAACACCUCCAAUUUCAAGGGAUCCUCCGGAAAUACAAUGCUCACAUCCACCUCUGGACAAACAAGCAAGAUUUUAUCUUAUGAGUAUACGCAAAUGAAGUCCAAGAUUCCAAACAGUACAGGCUCCUCCAUUUUGUCUGAAAGGUCAAGUUUUGUGAUGUCAGAUGUGUCCAACUCUGCUGUGGAUGAAGACAUCAUCCUCAAUGAUUCUGGAAGCAGCUCAGAUGAUGAAAUUGGAGAUGAAGGUGAUCCCAAUGAUCCAAACUCAACUGAAGGUUCUGUUAAACAGCUGUUGUCUGAAGAGGAUAAUAAAAUGCUGGAGACGAAAGGGAUACCAUUCAGGAGGUACAUGAAUAGAUUCCAGUGCCCGUUUUGCUCCUUCCUUACCAUGCAUCGGCGGAGCAUCUCUCGUCAUAUUGAAAACAUCCACUUGUCUGGCAAGACCACUGUAUAUAAAUGUGAUGAAUGUCCUUUCAUCUGUACCAGUCUGCUAAAGUUAGGUACCCACAAGCAAUGUCACAUGGGGUCAUCCUCAGAGUGGGACACUACUGACUUACAGAAUGAAAGCCCAGGUGUUCGCAUUGAGGGUCCAGUAAAUGGAGGAAAUAAUGGCUCCAAAAUCAAUGGGAAAAAGUCCAGCCCAGUAAAUGAAACAACACAACAGAAUCCUCACCGAUGUACGAUUUGUAGCUUUUCAACAACCACACUCAAAGGUCUGCGCGUCCACCAACAACACAAGCAUUCUUACUGUGACAACAUGCAAGCCACUAGUCAUGAGGGAUCAUCAAACGAACAGCAAGAUUCUGAAUCCGAAACAUACAAUUCUCCAAAUUAUGUUAAAAAAACCCAGACAUCAAUUCUUGGAUUUUCAUCCAAAAAGCACUUGAUCAACAAAACUGCAAGAAAGUCCAUCAAUGACUUACCUUUGGACCUGUCUCCAGUAAAGAAGAGAACCAGAAUAGAUGAAAUUGCCAACAAUUUACAGAGUAAAAUCAGUCAAAGCAAGCGGCAGGAGGAUGCAAUAAUCAACCUGGAGGAGAUGGAUGAUGAUGAAGAGGAGGAUGAUAAUAUUGAAAUUUUCAUGGAUGAAGAUGAUGAUGAUGAUGCUGCAGAAAGUGAACGUCAGAUAAAAAAUCAGAGCUACUCCUAUGACAGACAUCAUUUACCAGAGGAAUGCACCAGUGGAAAAAAGAAGCACAGCCUUCAGUCAAAAUUUAGCACAAGGAAUAUUCCCAUCCAGCUAAGUAUCUCAGAUGAUGAGGACAAUGAAAAUGAUUAUGGUGCCCCUGUUGAGCCCAAAGAUCUUCAUGAUAGAGGUAGCCUAGACAGCAGAGAUGCUUUUCAGGAGAACCUUGAUUACAAUGAGGAUUCCGGCACACUUUUUUACUGUAAACAUUGUGAAUACCAGAAUAAGUCAGCACGCAGUGUAAGCACACAUUAUCAGAGAAUGCACCCUUACAUCAAGUUCAGCUUUAGAUACAUCUUGGAUCCAGAAGAUCAGAGCGCUGUCUUCCGUUGCUUGGAGUGCUAUAUUGAAUGCAGCACUUUUGAUGACUUGAAUCAACACUACAUGGAACAUCACCCUGAAGCCAUUAACGCGCUGAACUUCAACCAACCUGAUUUGGUUUACAGGUGCCGUUUCUGCUCCUAUACCAGCCCGAAUGUGCGGAGCUUGAUGCCACAUUACCAAAGAAUGCAUCCAACAGUGAAAAUAAACAAUGCUAUGAUAUUCUCCAGUUAUGUGGUUGAAACACCUCAAAAGGGCACAGAAUCCCAAACACUGAGAGAGAUUUUAAACUCUGGACCUAAAACUUUUUCAGCUUCCACCCCUGUUCCCAGGUCAUCAGCUCAUUCAAGUCCAAUUCACAAAACGCACUCCAAGACACAAGAGUCCGGCACAGAGUCAGAAGCUGGCAAAGAAACCACGGUUAACAAUGUUGUGGUCUAUGACUGUGACAUCUGCUCCUUUGCCAGCCCUAACAUGCACUCAGUUCUGGUUCAUUAUCAGAAAAAGCACCCAGAGCAAAAAGCGUCAUAUUUCCGUAUUCAGAAAACCAUGAGGGUGAUCUCUGUUGAUAGGUCUCAGACUACAAGUAACACUACCUAUAACGUGAACACACCCAGUACUCAAAAGACAUCUAAUGUCAAUCCUUUGGGAGCAGAUGCAGAAAUAUACUACUGCAAACAUUGUGUCUACAGCAACCGCUCUGUAGUUGGUGUACUUGUCCAUUACCAAAAGAGGCAUCCAGAAAUAAAGGUGACCGCAAAAUAUAUCAAACACGCCCCUCCUACUCCUGCCUUGAUGAAACUAAUGGAUGAGUUACAGAUUGCACCGCCGAAGCAGUUCUUAAAACAAUUCAGCAACAAUGGACUGGAUGCUUCUAGCACUGCCCACCCCAGGCCUUGUGGGGAAAAGGGGGAGGCUGAGAUGCUGUUCUUUUGUCAGCACUGUGACUAUGGUAAUCGCACUGUGAAAGGAGUGCUAAUACAUUACCAGAAGAAGCACAGAGACGUGAAGGUGAAUGCUGAUCUGGUCCGCAGACACACUGCUGUCGUACGUAGCCAACGAGAGCGGGCCCAAAUGAUUCAGUCUGGCAACCUGUCUGUCACUGCCACUGUCUCUGAGACCGAUAAGACGAGGGCUCUUCGGUCUUUGAAGUGCAGGCAUUGCUCUUACUCAUCUCCAUAUGUCUAUGCUUUGAAGAAGCACCUGAAGAAGGAUCAUCCUACCGUGAAGGCCACUGCUAUGACCAUCUUGCACUGGGCUUAUCAAGAUGGAAUUAUUGAGGCUGGAUAUCACUGUGAGUGGUGCAUCUACUCGCAUGCAGAACCAAAUGGACUACUCAUGCAUUACCAAAGACGUCACCCAGAGCACAAUGUUGACUACACCUACAUGGCUAGUAAGUUGUGGGCUGGUCCAGACACCUCUUCCAAGCAGGCAGGAAAUUCAGACACUAAGCACUACCAAUGCAGAGAUUGUGCCUUUGAGGCUUGCUCCAUCUGGGAUAUCACUAACCACUAUCAAGCUGUUCAUCCUUGGGCUAUCAAAGGGGAUGAGUCUGUGCUAUUGGACAUAAUCAAAGGUAACCGUUCAUCAAAUAAAUCACGGACAGUAGUUUCUAAAGGACAUGUCACUCUGUCCAGUACCCUCAAUAGUCAUCAUCCUGAGCAUGAUGAGGACUCAUUUGAUGCUCGAAGAUCAUCUGAAGAAAUGGCCCCUCCUCAUCUCUCAUUCGCUAGCACCUCAAUUGCAAACAACACAUACCAGUGCACUGUGUGUCUGUCUGAAUAUAAUAGCCUUCAUGGGCUCUUGACCCAUUAUGGCAAGAAGCAUCCAGGGAUGAAAGUCAAAGCUGCUGACUUUGCACAAGAAGCUGACAUCAACCCUAGCUCAGUUUACAAGUGUCGGCAUUGUCCUUAUGUGAACUCGCGAAUCCAUGGGGUUCUCACUCAUUACCAGAAGAGGCAUCCACUAGUCAAAGUCACUGCUGAGGAUUUUGCAGAUGAUAUUGAGCAAAUCAAGGACAUUAAUGAAGGUGAUGAAAAGUCCAAAUCGCAAAGACAGGGUUAUGGUGCCUACAGAUGCAAAAUGUGUCCAUAUAGUCAUGGAACCUUAGAGAAGCUGAGAAUUCACUAUGAGAAUUACCAUAAUCAGCCAGCGUCAGACAUGUUCAAAACUACUAUCACAUUUCCUGCCAAUAAAGAUGACGCAGUUGCUGAAUGCAGUGGCACGAGUGUGGCAGAAGCGCAAGACGUGAGUGACUUUCAGCUAGCACUCUCACAGUUCCCUGUUGACAAAGGAGCAAAGCACUCUGUGUUCAGGUGUCAGCUUUGUAAGUACUUCUGCUCCACCAGAAAAGGUAUAGCUCGCCACUACCGCAUCAAGCACAACAAUGUCAGAGCUCAACCUGAGGGUAAGAACAAUGUUUUCAAGUGUGCUCUGUGUUCCUAUACAAAUCCUAUACGCAAAGGUCUGGCAGCCCACUACCAAAAGCGUCAUGAUAUUGAUGCUUACUACACUCACUGCUUGGCAGCUUCUAAAUCCAUUACUGAUAAGCCAAACAAGGUUGUAGUGCCUGUGUCUCCUCAGGUAGAAGGGCCAGAACUGAGUGAGGAGCUGAGACUGGCUGUAGAAAGGAGAAGGUGCUCUCUCUGUUCCUUCCAAGCUUUCAGCAAGAAGAGCAUCGUCUCACAUUACAUCAAACGCCAUCCAGGAGUCUUUCCCAAGAGGCAGAAUUCCAGCAAGUUGGGGCGCUACUUCACAGUGGUCUAUGCCAAGGAGCCUGAAAACCCAAUUGCUGUUGACGAGAAGAAACUAUUGGAAGAUCAGUCAGAAGUAGAGCAGGAGAAGGAUGGAGAGAGACUGCCAUUCAAAUGUUUGAAGUGCUUCAAGCUGUCCUUCAACACUGUAGAACUGCUGUGCAUGCACUAUACAGAUUACCACUGCAAGGACCUGAAGCGGGACUUCAGUACCCUUGUGAGUCCUACACAGGAUGAUAUCGACUACUACCAGUGUGCUCACUGUGACUUCAAGUUCCUGGGCCUCCCCGAUCUCAGCACCCACCUCAUUAACCACAAUGAGGAGUUCCAGAAGCGGGCGAUGCGUCAGGAGAGGAGAAAACAGCUCCUGAGCAAGCAAAAGGGAAAUGAACCUCCAGAGAUCAAGCUGGAGAAGGUUGACAACCAUGCAGACAAAACCCCCAUUGGCUAUAGGUGUAAUUUCUGUGUGGAGGUCCACCCAACUUUGAGAGCAAUAUGUAAUCACCUGCGGAAACACGUCCAGUAUGGAGAGGUCAAGGCAGGGCACGUGAAGCAGGAAGUAACAGAGAUGCCAGUUCCUCUCCCAGUGGAAGGCAAGGCUAAUGGGGAUGAAGCAGAUGUGGUCGCUGUGGAACCUGGCCCCGUGGAGAUCAUUUCAGAGCUCGCUCAGGCCUCUGUCACCCCGUCUCCUGUCGCCAUGGAGACAGCGGAGGUGGAGAAAGGGCCCGAGGAGGUGGUGGAGAUGAAGGAGAGGCUGGUGGGGGGGCAUCCCUGUGGCCAGUGUGACCGCGUCUUCAUGUCGAUGCAGGGCCUGCGCUCACACGAGAGGAGCCACUCUGCUAUGGCCCUUUUCACUCGCGAGGACAAGUACAGCUGUCAGUACUGCCAGUUUGCAUCUGCCUUCAGACACAACCUGGAUCGUCAUGUUCAGUCUCACCAUGGUCAUCACAAGCCUUUCCGUUGCAAGCUGUGUUCCUUCAAGUCUGCUUACCUGAGCCGCCUCAAGAGUCACCUGUACAAAGCUCAUGCUGGUGAAAGCACAUACAAGUGCUCGUCCUGCUCCUUCUCCACCAUGACCAUUAGCCAACUGAAGGAACACUGUCUGAAGGCCCAUGGAGAGGCCCUCACCCUCACCAAACUCCGUGCUGCCACCCAGGCCUUGUUCCGCCCCCAUAAGGCAGGCCCAGGCAGUGAACAGACCCUUGUAAUCCCUGAAUCAGAUGAACCAGCCUACUUGGAGCCCCCAGAUGUUCAGCAGCAGCUUAGUCACUAUCAGCUGGCGUCACGGAGCCAGGCCACCUCCAGCCCCCCUGAUCUGUCCGGGGUUGAGCCUCGAUUGGACGGCACUCUCACCUGUGAAUUCUGCGAGUUCAGCUCUGGGUACAUGCAGAGUCUGCGCAGACACUAUCGAGACCGCCACGGUGGCAAGAAGCUCUUCAAGUGCAAGGACUGUUCGUUCUUCACAUGUUACAAGUCAGCGUUCACCAUGCACGUGGAAGCAGGACAUGUCAGCACCCCUGAGGAAGGCCCCAAAGAUUUGCGCUGCCCCCUCUGUCUCUACCACACCAAGUACAAGAGCAAUAUGAUCGACCACAUUGUCCUGCAUCGUGAGGAGCGUGUAGUGCCCCUGGAGGUCUGCCGAUCCAAGCUGUCACGCCACCUGCAGGGUGUGGUGUUCCGCUGCCACAAGUGCACCUUCACCUGCUCCAGUGACGAGAGCCUGCAGCUGCAUAUCCACAAGCAUGACGAGCUCAAGCCCUAUCAGUGCCAGCUGUGCUACUACGACAGCAAGCAGCACGAGGACCUGGAGGCCCACCUGCGCAGUGAGCACAAGGUGAUCCGGAACUUUGAGCUGGCGGGACAAGUCAACCUGGACCAGUUGGAGGCUAUGAAGGACAAACAGAGCACUCUGAGCAGUGCUGAGGAAGAGGAGGUCGAGGAAGAGGGGGAGGAGGAAGAGAAUGAGGAGGAGGAAGAAGAGGAGAGUGAGAAAUUCGAUACAAAAGAUGUUCCUGGGUCCCCGAGCAGCAGUCUGUCGGCCUGCAGUGAGAAGCGUUUCCCCUGCGAGUUCUGCGGCCGCAGUUUCACCCACAGCAGCGAGUGGGAGCGCCACGUCCUCCGACACGGCAUGACUGUUACUAACAGGAGGACUGAGGCUGGCUCAUCCCAAUCAAUAGAGGCUGCGGCACAAUCUGAGACGGGCUCUCUGGGUGUCAUGGCGGAAGGAGAUGGAGAUGGAGACUGCGCCAGCAAAUCUGUGCAGGUGGAGAGCAGAUAUCCUUCAGACUUGGCAAAGGAAAGCUUCCUGAAAGAGGAGGAGGGUGAAAUGCCUGUGACCAAAAACGAUUCUUAGGAAGAGGGAAGAGUUCUGCAGCUUCAAUAUGUACUGUACUUGAAAACAAUGGAUUAGGGUGGUGUGGGUGGGACAAAAAAGCUGCUUUUACAAACACUUUAUUAAACAAAAUGACUAAAUGUUUAAAGAAACCCUCAUACCUUUUUUUUUUUUUUUACUUUAAAGUGUAACACAUUCAGGAUUAGAGUUUGUGUUGCAUCCUAAGUAGAAAAAUGUAAGUGUUGAACCUUGAAAGUGAGUUGGUCCCCUAGGACAGAGGCUAUUAUAUUGGUAACCAAUAGUGAAUGGUACUGUAAUGAAGUCAUUCAGGUCAAAAUCUCACUGAGUGUCUACAGUUGCAAAAGCAAGUUAAUAAGCAUCAAUUUAGGUGUAUUUCUGUGUGGACUGGGCAAAGCUGAGUUUUCUUCACCCAGGCUUGUUUUUCCAGUUCAGUAAGUACUGCAAAAUGCUCAGAGAAUAUUUGGCCUUUUAAUUCUCCAAAUUAGUGUAUUUCACUGCCUACAGAAGGGCCACAAUCCUCCACCUACUGAUGAAAACCUUAUGUUAAAAUAGCAGUUAGUUUGGAUUGUGCUUCAGAAAUCUUUUUUGUCAAAGGUAGUCGCAAAUGUUAACAUUUCAUGAGCAUCCUCUGGUUCCUGUCUGUCAUUUACUCAACUGCUACAGGUUAAUUGUCAACUUAUUUAUCAGCUUGCUGGCUGAUAAAGACUACUGAAUAUGCUUAUUUUCUUUAUUUUUUAAACAAAAACAAUGCUUUGUGAUUUGACCCGAAUGAUGAGUUACAGACAUUACAUUUUAGUGAUUCUGCUGAUCUCCUAUAGCAAAAUUCCUUGAGGAAUAGUUGCUUCUUUUUUAUAUUCAUAUUCAUGUAUACUUUUUAGACAUUUAAAAAUAUUGAUAACUGGCCCCAAAUUUGCAGCAAAUUGCUGCACAAAUUCAGAUGUGUUUUUGCUCAGAGGAGUUUUCCUGCACUUCCACAUUUUAAAUUUAGAACAAAAUUGUUCUAUUGCCCACCUUCUAAUGUACAUGCAGGCCAGUAGAAUAAUAUUUGACUCAAGUACUGCAUUGUUCUCUGUUUGGGAAAGAGCAUACUCUGAGUUUAGGAAUAAAUGCUUUUGUUUGUCUUUAUAAUAUAAAUUCAGAUUGCCAUUAAUCUUUCAUCUUAGUUUCACAUUGUUAUGUAAAUAUCAGAAAAAAAGGAGAAAACAUCUGAAUGUUUUACCAUUUACAAUGGUAAAAUGUUAGUCGUUCAAUUUGAUUUGUCUUAUUGACCCAGGAAGUCCUACGGAGUGGUUUUACUGUUUGAAACCAGGUUGAUAUGAGGAGCAGAAUCUUCUGAGAACCAGGGUUAACUGAUCCUUGAUUGUAAAGCCUGAUCCAGUUUUGUCAUGAAAUGGCAUGUGCGUCAGAGGUGAAGGUGGGUGGUGGUUUGGCAACCUGUAGCAAAAAAAAUAAUAAAUAGAAUUUGGUGUGAAUCCUAACUACGACUAACACCCUGCCAUGUCCUUUAUAAUGUAAUCCUGAAGAACUUGGUAAAUGUGGUAAAAGUGUCUGGUUUGAUGAGACUGAUUUUAAAAUAAUAAUAAUAAUAAUAAUAAUAAUAGUUUUUAUGUGUUAGAGGUUGCUGCUCAAAUACCCUAAAGCCUUAUUAGAUAUUAGAAAUAGCAAUUGUUUUGGCACUUGAUUGAAAUAGCUUUUUUCCAACACCAGUUGGACCAAUAAGCAAAAAUAAACAAUUCGCAUAAGGAUGAAAAAUCAUAUUCAGCCAUGAGAAUUACUACUCAAAAAUAACUGCUUUCUAGGUACCAAAAGUGUCAGUUUCCAGAAAAAUGUGGCUGACUCUCUGCUAUGUUUUGUUUUCUUUCUUGAACAAUCAGCCAUUGCUACAAGGGCGGUGAUAGCCCAGGGGUUUCUGGGUGCAUUCGGCUAAUUCCGCAUGCUGUAUUCAGCCAUGUACAGAAAAACAAGCUACUUGUCAAGUGUUUGAAACUGUGGUGUCUCAGAAAGGAUAGUUUGACCUUUUCCUUUACAUGUUGUUCACUUACAAAUGGGGGGAAGACAAAGUUUGGAGUUGUCUGGCUCGUCGUUAGUUAAAAAAUAUUGUAUGAUAUAUCUGAACAUGAAGCAUCUACUCUUUCUUUUUUACCUUUAAAAAGUGAGGGCAAUAAGGUGGCAAAAUCUUUUUUGCACCUCUUUUCCUUCAUAAGGACUAGCCUGCCUUUUUAAAAAAUGAAAUGAUUAGAAAAAUAUUAAAGAAAUAAGCUUUUAAAUGGCAGCUGAUUGCUAGCAGUUCCCAUUAAUAACACACUGGAAACUUGUAUAUAUUUUUGUUUUUGUUAUGUUGUUUUACCUUCUAUUCAGACUGUUGGAAUUCACCAUGGUUUGACUUAGCUCCUCCAUUUUGCCUUUCUCCUGUGAAAAACUGAUUCCUGAAGGUGGAUUGUGAUGUUGCCUAGAAUGGUUGUUUACACUUUUAUUCCAUUUAUUUCUGGAUAUUCUGUAAAUAUUGUAAUUCAUUUGUCUUUUUUAACUUGUUAAUAAAGUUACAAGAUAACAUUA